UUGAAUCAAGAGAAAUGCCGAAAGUAAAAGCAGUCAAGAAAACCAGAGAACAUGGUCAAAACAAAGUUUACCAACAAGGUGAUUUUUUUCAUUCCUUUUAGGCUUACAUGUAUAUUUAAGAGUUCACCUCUAAACAACAGCUAACCUGCGUAACAGGCGCUUUAUUAGCCAAGCGAGGCGAACGCGACAUUUUGCGCGAAGUGCGAGACGAGGGGAUUAGAAAAUAAAGCGCCUUUAACCAAUCCAUUGUUCUGGCUCCCCCCCACGUUCACUACAUGAACGUUGACCAACUUUGCAUUUCCAGUUCUUGGUUUCACAUGUAAAUGACGUCACCAAAAUUCAAAUUAAGAAACUAUCGCUUCUUCUGAGUUUCUACUUUCAUGUGGUAUAACCACAGGGGGCCCGCACAAUCUGUUUGUUUAGCUGAUUGUUAUUUUAUAGAAAAUGUUCUGGAUUUACCGUUUGCCUCACCUAUAGCGAUAUGUGGCUAAUUAUGAAUAUAAAUCAAUGAUAAAUAAACGUUGAAUUACCUUACCUGUGGUAUAUAGUAGAUCUUUUGCCUCAAAAGCGGUUUUUUGAGCGAUUUUGAAGGAGUUUUAGUUCGCCAAAAAUCGCAUCACUCCGCUUUCAAACUUCGUGGCAAGAAGGUCGAAAGAUUCACCCUCAUACCUUCUGAUCGAAAAUCCACCCAAACAGCCCAGAGCUAGCGGUAAAAGAAAAUUAGAAUCCCACAGUAUUGAGUGGCAGGGAUGCGUAGCAAGAUUUAUACAUGUACGUGCCAGCCACAAACCGUCCUGCUGAUUGCCUAUUUUUUGAUUGGAUGUCGUUAACCAAAUGGUUGAAUAAUAACUGAUGGAAAGAAGACUUGGUAAGCGUUUAUUAUUUAGUGACAUCCAAUCAAAGAGAGGCAAUCAACAGGAUGGUUUAUGCAUUCCUGCUGCUCGAAUACUGUGGGAUUUUAAUUUUCUUCGACAGCUAGCUCCGGGUCAUUUGGAUGGAUUUUCAAACAGAAGGUACGAGGAGAAACGUGAAUCUUUCGACCUUCUUGCAACGAAGUUUGAAAGCGGAGUGAUUCGAUUUUUGGGGGAAAAAUCACUCCAGCACUGGAGCCCUUUCAAAACAUGGAUUCCACUUUUGUCCUUCUAUUAUACUGAACAGUCAACGGUGAACUCAAACUCCUUCAAAAUUGCUAAAAAUACCGCUUUUGAGGCAAAAGGAUGACUAUAUACCACAGGUAAGGUAGUUCAAUGUUUAUUUAUCAUUGAUUUAUAUUCAUAGUUAUCACUAUAGGUGAAGCAAACGGUAACUAUAAAAUAACAAUCGGCUACACAAACAGGUUGUGUGGGCACCCUGUGGUAUAACAGCACCUUAAACCUUUACACAAACAAAUUUUCUGUUCUAAAGGGUUCUUUGUUUGGUGACACUGGACACUUGAAUUUCAGACUUUUGUGUGACGUGGCAUUUACUGACGGCCAGGAAAGCUCUUAUGUGGGUUAAAAAUAUUACCGAUUUUGGCCUAUUUUGCUAUCUAAACAUUCUUUGUCUCAGAAUAAAUAUUACUUUAAUCUUUAUGAGUUCCUCAAGCAAAGAAUUCAUGCAUUAGUAAGAAAACUCAAAAACAGAUGUUUCUGUUGGUUUCCGGCGGCCAUGUUUGUGCCCCUGAAAGAGACACAAACUUGGCGUCUCCAUACAAAGCUUCAUAAAUUUGGGUAAAACAUGUUUCCGAAUAUCUUGCAUAUGAAAUAUUGUACAGACCUGAUUCUUGUCAAGGCUUUUUGUACAUUUAUCUUCUUUUAUUUCCCAGAUUCUAGACUUUCUGUAUUAAAAGGUUUCCAUUUUUUAAUUUUGAUGGCGUGAUAGUGAAAACCACCAAUUGGUUAAUUGAUGACAUGUUGUUUUUAUUCCCGAAAUAAAUGUUCCAGAAAUAAAAAAAAAAAACAAAAGAAAUGUUUAAAAUUAUUGCUUAAGAGGAAAGAUUAUGAUGUUCUUGGAUUUACAUUGUACUUCCAACUAGGUUUGGAAAAAGCCUGAUUUACUAACUUUUUGGAAUUAAGUGUUGAUAGGCCAAACACAACUCAUAAGCUCCUGAUAAUGUGAAAGGUGACCUUGGAAUUUGUUUGAACAACAUGUUUCUUUCCUGCCACUGUGUUUGGACAUAAACUAAGCUUUGACUGAGCAAAUCUUACUUUUGCGGCACUGAGUCUUACAUUAGUGAAGGUGAUUCAUGCCCUCGUAGUUUUCAUUUCCUGUGGUUUAUGCUGCUGUUGGUGUUGGUGUUGGUGGUAGCCAGAAAGGUGAGACUUAUCGAGUAUUGGAUUGUGGUUUGAUUGGUCCUUUUGACAUCACCGCUGUCAGUCAAUACUAACCUUGUGGGCAUACAUUAGGUGGGGGGAAGAGCCAGAACAAGGGACUGGUAACAGGUGCUUUAAUAUUUUUCUCCCCACCUCGUCUUGUGCUUUGUGCAAAAUGGCAUGUUUGCCUUGCUUGGCUCAUAAAGCACCUGUUAUGCAGGCUAAACAACAGCGCUCCCUGCGACAUUUAGUCAUCCAAUGAAAUUAGAGGUUUUAUUAAAAGAAGUGUGAGGCUACUCGUUCACUUAGGAACAUGGCCUCUCAAAGACUUAUAGUACAAAAUCAAUUGGUAAGAUUUCCAUAUAACCCUAUAAAUUUGUUUAUGAUAAUUUAUAAAUAGAUUUGUGGAGUUAUACGGAAAUCUUAUGUUAUGCAUGCAGCAAUUUCAUACUUUUUCCCACAAACACUUUAAUAUGAAUAUAGUCAAAACAUUAUUUUAGCGAAGCUCUUGUGAGGCAGUGAAUCGCCACUAUUUUACAUGAAUUCAAUCAAAGCUUAGAGAGAAAGAAGAAUUUGUCAUCACCUGUUUACAUCCUCAAGGAAAACUACUCAUCAGGAAAUUUUUUGCCUUAGUUGUGCAUGCAGCGAUGGCAAAGAAAUCUGACCGAAAAGUGCAUGUCAUAAUGCACGUGCAGAGUAAUGCUUUCCUUGUUAUAGGCCCAUUGCUUGCCAAAUUUUUUGACUUUGCUAAAUACUAAACCUCCCUAAUGAAACCAAUUGGAUGGAUGUAGGUACAUGUACAUGUAAGCUUCAUUUUUGGCCUUCUAUAUCAUUACUUAAUAAAUAAAGUGCAGUGCUACUGGGAAAAUUUCAAGCAGUAUAUGUCACUUGAAGGCUGCAAUCAGCAGUUCGUUUUGAUUAUUUACUUGUAUCAUUGAAAGAGCUCUUCUUUUGUGACUCAAAAAUGAAAGAUUCUCACUUCAAUUCAUGAAUCUUAAUUUACUAACACUAAACGAAAAGAGAAUUGAACUUUCUGAGGCUUCCCCUUUUCAAUCACUAUUUGGCUGGACCGAGGACAUAGUAUGCAAAAUUUACUUUGGUAUGUUAUCUAUAACUUUAGUUUUAAAAUUCAACCUGUAGACUGAAAUGUUUUUGCAAGUCGAAAGAACAUUUCUUGUACGUUGUGUACACCAAAAGUUGGCUUUCUUAACACACUUAAUCGCAUAUGCCUGACUUCAAAACAACCCAAGUAAUUUAAGGUGCUGUAAAGGAAGCAAAAACAGCAGAACAAAAUUCACUUGCAUUGGCAUUAACUUGAUUUUCCCACCUUUGCCAGCACCAGGAAAACCCCCAAUUAAGCUUAAGAAGGCAAACAGAUCAAUAUAAACACUCGGAAAAUUUCAUUUGUAUUGUAACCUUAUUUUCUUCCCGAAAAUUACAUCACAAACUAAGUGAAACUGGCUGGACCAAGGACCACCUACAUUGUACUGUAUGAUUGUGAUGUAUGGUGAUGUGGAAUAGCAAUAAUAAUGAUGAUGAUGAUGAUGAUAAUAAUAAUAAUAAUAAUAAUAAUCAUGUUGAGAACAGCUGGACUAUUACAAAAAGUGUUGGCUGUUUAGGGACUCAAAGGACUCCUUUGGGAGCUUUAGGAACUUGUUGUGGCUAAAAGUUCUGCAAACGUGCUUCUAAGGUAGUUUACCAUUCCUAAGAAUACAUGGACUUCAUGAACAUUCUUGGGUGCAGGUACAUUUAAAUUUACUACGGCUGCAACUUUCCUGGAACCACCUCAAUACCAUUUACACUAACAUCAUUGCCUAGGAAUUUGAUCUUGGGAACUCGGAAUGUGCACUUGUUGAUGUUAAGUGUAACACUAGCCUCACUUAGAUGUUCUAACACUUUCUAAUCUUUCUAAUCUGUAAUCAUGUAGCUCUACAUGUAUGGUGGGGACAUGAACUAGGACAUCAUCGAUGUUGCAUUCAACUCCUUCAAGUCCUUUUACUCUACUCAAAACCAGGGCUAAGUCCAUAAGGCAGCACAUUAAAACAGUACCGACCCCAAGGUGUGAUGAAGGUCAUGAGUGGUCUUUGAGCUUCCAGCCAGAAUCCGGAAUUUGAAUUGAGCUUCGUGAAGUACUUUGCACCUGUAGCUUUCCCAAGGUGAGGUCCACAGAUGGGAGGGAGUGAUUCUCGUGCUGAACAUACUCAUUGCGCUUAGUUAAAUCUACACUCACUCUGACUUCACUCCUUAGUUUGGUGGUAACUACCAUGGUAGCACACCAUUCAGUUAGGUGGUCCACUGGUGAUAUCACUCGACUCUCUAACAUUCUUGCAAUUUUGUGCAUGGUGUCUUCAUACAGUGGCAUAGGGACUUUUUUUGGCACAGUCAGUGCAAAGGGUUUUACAUCAUCUUUUAGCUUGAUGGUGUACUCAUCUGUCAUUGUUCCCAGUCCUUCGAACAGCGAUGAGUAGUCAUGACACAUCACUUUUGCCUUAAAAUCAUCAGUUGUCAUUUCACACAAUCUUGAUAUAAGAUAUAAUCUUGCUGCAAUAGAUCUAGUCAGGAGUGGUCGUGCUAAGCUUUCUACAACAUACACAGUUUCUAUAUUGAAGUUUGGUUGUAAGCGAGAGUAACUGUGAAUUUUCCCUUACAGUUCAUCCUAAAAUUGCAUGGACCCAGAAGCACUUUAGCAGUAGGCUUAAGCUGUACUGUAUCUGCAGUUCAGUGUUAAGGACGGUAUUGUAUGGGAAGACAGUUACAUCUGCAACACUAUUAACCCAUUCGCGCCGAAAAACGCGUUUUGAAGCUGGUCGAGUGGUUUUCUGGUCACUGUCAUGCUAUAAAGAGCUAAAACUUACCACAAACCGGUUUACAGGUCGUACACUUGGCGGCCUUCUGGUCCAGAUGCAAAACAUCAGCUUGCGAAGUUUGGGCAUGCGCAGAAAACAAAAUUUCGAGAUGACACAGCAGUCUUGAAUUUUACUUUUCGCUUUUUCUCCUCCCUUCUUUUUUCACUUUUCUUGUCUCAUUUUUUUUUUCUCUUGCUGGGCAUUUAGUAGGCUUCAUUUUGGUGGGAAGAGUUUUUAGGAAAGCUUUUAGGAACUUAGGAUUAGGUGAAAGGAAAGGUAGGUGGGCAAUGGAACAAGAUUUUCAUGGAGAUUUUCAGGUCAAUUUCACGUGGUUUUUUGCUUCUUUCUCCGGUGUCCUUGACUGAAUUGUGCUCAUUCUGGUAUGGUUUGAAAGAUCUCUUCACUCUACACAAGUUAGCGAAGAAAGUUGUCCUUGACCGUUAAAACUGAUGACAUCACAAAGGGUAGAAAGGACCUGGAUCCGCACGGGCGGUUACGGGCGGUUCAGGGGCGAAUGGGUUAAGCUUGAAGUUAACUGGUUUCCACAAGGAUGGUUGCAGUCCAUAGUGACUUUGUGGAGUUGCUUUGGACUUCACUAACAUCCACGAUUUCUCCUAGGAUCGGAGGAAAGAUUCUUCUUCAACAACUUCAAAUAAUUUUCCUGGUUGUGAACUUUUACAAGCUUGCACCCAAUGACCAGUUUUUGAACACUUGUUACACCUGGAGAACCUUGCAGGACGUGUUUUCUGUGGGUGCAAAUUUCCAAAGCACUUUGGCACUUUUGAUCAGGAUUUUUCUCUUUGGAGCUGUUGGAAGGUUUCUCAGUCUUUAGACUUGUCUUGUGAUUUCUCUUUGAAGUUUCCUCUCCUUCUCGUGAUUUUCCUUUCGCAAUGCCAUGGACUGUAGAAUUGAAUCUGCCAACAAGAAUGUUUUGUUGUUGUCUCACUGUCUCUCUUUGUCUCACUAAAUUUGUAGUUUUUUCCAGGGUGAGAUUCGGAUCUAGUUGAAGUUUUCCCAAAAUUUUGCGGUUUUGUAAUCCCACAACAAUAUGGUGCGAAUGAGCUGUUCUUUUUAACCGCCAAGAUUGCAGUACCUUGCCAGGCUAUACAAAUCUGUGAUAAUACUAUCCAUUGAUUCUCCCAUUUGUUGACUUUUUGAGUUGAAUUUUGUUCUUUCAAAGAUGACGUUUUCUUUUUAUGAUGAAGUAAUUUUCGAAUUUAUCCUUCACUGCUUCAAAAUUCUUCUCCUGUUCGGCGGUGAAUUAGAAUGAGGUGAAUAUAUCGUCGGCUUGUUCACCCAUUUGUGUGAAAAUUAAUGUUUUUACUUGAUUUUCACAGGUUUUUUUAUCAAGCCCAAUAGCUUGGUGAAAUCUCUCAAACCUUUGAGUCCACUGUGGCCACUAUUUCGGUUUGAAUGAAAAUUUCUGCGGUGGAGUUUAAUACUGGAAAAUUAGGAACCAGUUGGAAGUUUGGCUGGACAACUUGCGGUUCUGCUAUCACAGGUUGUUCUCCCGUGCCCACCAACAUGCUGGGAGGAUUUUCUUUGUUUUCGGCUUUGUGGUCUGUCAUUUCCACGCUGUUUUGCUAGUUCAUCCCUGGCUACCCAGAACUUGCCAAGGCUGUUCAUUCAAAGGCACAAUAACAUAGCAUCAGAUAUCCACUGGAAGGUGUGCCAGAACUAUAAUGUUAUAACAGCUGUUGUAGAAAAGGAAGAGUCAAUGAUUUUGUGUAAUAUGCCAAUUCACACUGAUAGAGAAAUACACAUGUAGUGGCUAAUAAACCAGACAAAAAAUAAUCAAAAUUGAUGUGAAUAGGAAAUACCAGAUUAUACUGUAGAAAGUGGUGCUCUUUCCAGGGGAGUUGACAGAUUUUGCCUUUCUUGCCCAUGCCAAAAGUUGACAAAAACCAUGAAAAAGUAUAUUUAAAGUGAACUCUUUGUUAUCAAAUGUCCAUGCUUUCGACCCAGUGCAUCAGUCAUUAAACAAACAAGCCAAGGAUUAUAAAUGAUGAUGAUGAUGAUGUUGAUGAUGAUAAUUUAUAGUCUUAUUCAACUUUGAAAAAAAAUAUGUACUUAAUUUACAGAAAUAUUUGAGUAAGAAUUAAGCACUAUAUAGUAUUAAGAAUUAUAUAAAUCAUAAAAAUAGCAAUCACUGUGUCAAUAACGAUUUCCCAAAUACAUGUACAUUCCUUGCAGCUCAGAUGCGGUCAAUAACUCUUACAGGCAAACAGGCAUUAGGGGCUUUGUUAGCGCCAUGAUUUAAUGGUGCUGAUUAAUUUUUGAUGAUAAUAAUAAUGAUAAUAAAAUAAUAUUAAUCAAUUUUUAUUCCUAGGUCUGCAAUUUAAGACAGAUCAAGGCCAGCAUAUUUUGAAGAACCCUCUUAUCAUAACCAGUCUUGUAGAAAAGGUUUGUUUCAAUACUUUCAUUUUAAAUCAAGCUGUUGGCCUACCUGUACUUGUACCAUUCUGGAGCAGCUUUUAAAUAUCUUAGAGAUCAACCUUCAUGUUUCAGAGCUCUCACUAAGAUUUCAGUUUGCUGGAUGUGAAAUUAGUAGGCUUGGAAUUGAACAGCUAGGAAGUUCUUUUGGCUGUGUUUGUCCAUUUGUUUUCUAUGAAAGAAUCUGGGGGUCAUGCUCACAUUGGCCACAAACUGAGCCCUUAAUAGUGACAGCCCUGUGCUCUAUUCUGACAUCAUUAAUUUUUGUUGAGUACAAAGUAUUCCACAAAAUAAUGUAAGAAUAAAACAUACAUGUAGGGCUGCAGCCUGCUUCAUGGAACUAUUUUUAUGUGACUCUUUUUUUUUAUUACAGGCAGGUUUACGUUCUACAGAUACUGUUUUGGAAAUUGGUCCUGGGACAGGGAAUUUAACAGUGAAAUUAUUAGAGCAAGUAAAACAGGCAAGAUUAUUAAUACCCAUUAUUUUGACUUUUCAGAUUUGAAUAUUGUAGCAACCUACAUGUAAUUCAUAACUAAGAUACAAGUACAAUGUACUGUUAAGUUGAAGUUUAGAACUGUUUAUUUCAUAGAAAUUUUGCUUUUUUUGUUUUCUUCUUUUGCCACUAUUUGGAGUGAAAGGCUGGUUUUUUUUUUGAGAAUUGAAUCUGUUUUGUUCAAUUUAAUGGUAAUUUUAGAUUUCUUGUUUGCGUUCUUGCUUCAUGUUAAAUCAAGAUUAUUACUCAUACCUUGAAUAAGCUGUCUGUAAAAACACUUUGCCAGAAGUGGUUUUUCUUUUAAUACAGUGAAGCAUGUAUUGAGGUAGAUGCCGAAUUAAGUGGACAGUAGCCAAAGUCCCCAACUUUACUUGAAUUUCCAUAUUUUUAUUUAGUUUACUGUAAAUGAAACCUUAUUAAGCAGACAACCCUAUUAAGCAGAUGUGGACAGUAGUUUUAAAGGUACAUGUACACUUCCACCAUCCAACCUGCCAAACACAUGGGGCCAGUUAUUUAAACGGCGCUGUUUUGCCAGUUUUCAACAAAACUGCAUUUUAAGCCAUAUAUUUGUCAAUUUGCUGUAAAUUUUUUUAUGCAAAGGCCAUGAUCAGUUUUAUGAAAGAAUUUCGGGUAGACCAGAAUUUGCAUUUUUCGUCUUAAAAUAUCCCACUAAAGAAUAGAUCUGGAGGUCCAAAGAUUUCCUAAACCACGGUCUAAUUUAGACUUUAUUAAAUAACCAACCCGUAAAAUCUUAAGAUUUCAACCCAUAAAUUUGUCAAUAAUAAGGAGGUACUUGACAGAAGAUGUAAUAAUUUGCAUUAAAACAUACACGUACAUGUACUGUAAUUAUUGUUAACACUGUCAAAUACUCAAGGAGAAUGAAAUAUUAUAUACACGUACACAUUCACAAAUUUUAAAGGCUAGUGUACAGCAAAUGCUUUGUUGGCGAGUUUAUCUUUUCAACAGUUACGAGGAAGGCACUGAGUGACAAUGUCAUGCAUACUCACAUUAACCUGUUGAUCAGUUUACGUACUGUUAUCUCAUUAAUUUGUUUGUAUAGAGCUUAUUUUACUCAUUUUAUCUCUUAAAUUUUGAGGUGCAAUCUCCAUUUAGUAUUUUGUAUUAUUGGUCCACUGAUAUAAAUAAAUUGUUGUAAACAUAUAAUAUAUGUUAUAAAAAUGUAAUAUGAUUGUCACUCACUGUUGGAGUAUUCCAAGUGUUUUCAUUGUUCAUUUGAAUGAUAUUUGACUACUCAUAGAGCAUUCUCUAUCAAAACCUGUAUAAGGUGGACACCUGUAUUAAGUGGACACUAGAGCAAUCCCUGAGGGUGUCUUCUGAGGUUUUACUGUAUUAUUCAGAUCAUGAAAGAUACAGUGUGAUCAUUAUCUAUUAGGUUAUUGCUUGUGAAGUUGAUCCUCGGAUGGUAGCUGAGCUGCAGAAGAGAGUUCAAGGAACGUAAGUGAAUUCCUUAAACAUUAUUUUACUAGAUAACAUCACAAUACUGCUCCUGUUAAGUUCCCUUGUUUUCAGCAAAAUUUAUUAUUGCUCAUCUGUCUGGUCAAAUACCCGUAAGUGCAACAUAAGAAACUGCAGUUUGCGCAGAACUUUGCAGCACGAAUUGUACUUAGUCUCAAAAAAGUUUGAUCACACUUCACAGGGAAUAAAUCCUUAAGCUGACUACCUGUUAGUGACAGAGUUUAAUUGAAUAACGCCGUAAUGAUGUUUAAUUGUACAUGUAUAAACAAUCUUGUUCCUAAUUACUUGGCCGAGAAAUGUGGCUGACCAAGUCAAAUUUGCAUGAGAAGAACGAGACAGAGUAGUCAGCUGAACAUUUCGAGAUGCCAUCGAGCUGUUGGUCAGCGGUCCUUCUCCUACCCAGGGGCAAAGCUUUGAAAUGGCAUCAGUGAUACUGUUAAAUCAACUGACUCAGUUAACAUCUUUACUGUCAAACGCAGAAAACCGUGAAUGGCUGAAAAAUUUCAGGAAAGUUGAUUGUGUAGUGACCAAUCACAAUGAAGUUCAAGACGUGGGCAAACCACAAAACCACAAACUAACUAUUCUUGUUGUUUGUGGUUUAGGCUUCUCACGCCUUACUGGCUCUCUCUUCGCAACACAAAAACAUUCCAUGAAUAUUUCUGGUGUUCACGGUUUUGUGAGUUUCACAGUAAAAGGUGACUUGUAAAACCACAGGUAGCCCAAGCUCGAAAUAUGAGCAUCGGCAAGCAUCGGCAUUGUUGCGUAACAUUCAAAAUAUAAAGGAUUUUGUGGGGAAAAAACCUACAUGUAUCAUUUCUGUAACCUACGAAAAUGAAAGGAUUUCAAUAAAAAACAGCUUACCUUACUGAAAAUGAGUGUUACUUCUCUCCUGUGUGGUCCACGGGCCGAUUUAUGGCCGUUUUAUGGGUUUUUAUGUAAACGAUUUUCUCUCUUUCUAAAGGUUUUACAUCGAGAGAAAACUGUUUUUCUUUGUUAUUUUAGCAUUUAACAUGACUUUGUUCUGCCAUAGACCUCAGGCAAGCAAACUCCAUGUAAUGGUUGGUGAUGUACUCAGGACAGAUUUGCCAUAUUUUGAUGUGUGUGUAGCAAAUCUCCCUUAUCAGGUAAGGAGUGAUUUAUUUCUAAUACAUCUACAGGCAUAGACAAAACAUACCAUUUGAAUCUCAGUAAGUCUGUUUAUGAUGUCAACACCCGCCAGACCUACAAGAGUGUUUGAAGAAGCCAAGCGUAACACUUUUGAAAUGUUUGAGACAACCAUGAAAACCAUGUUCACGUUCAAAUGAUUAUAAGCUUUUUCAUUGAGUCGGAGGCACAUGUUGAGAUGUACAGUCGACUCCCAGGCAAUAACUCGAACCUUCAAGGGAAAUUGAACAGAGCUUUGAGGUAUCAGGAAUUUUAGUUAUCGGGAACUUAAAGCAAAUGGCCGGACAUAAGGGAUAAAAAAAAAACAGUUUUAACUGUACGGUGAACAUAUUAAUCACAUUUACUAUAAUUGUAGAAAUGUUAAGUGAAAAUGGAGUGAUGAAUCUAGAUUAUAAAUCAGAAUGUUCAAAACAGAGCCUAAAUAGCCUAAAUAGUGCAUACAUUUUACUGUUAGCACGAGGUUGGAGUUGGCAAGUGUGCGAGUCAUCGGGAGUCAACAGUGGUCGAUAGCUGAAAUGUAAUAAGCUUAAGCUAUUUAUACAACAGUUAAAUUUUAUUGUGCUGUGAGAUUCUGAACCUAGAGCUAGAAAAAGUGGUGAGAAAUGGGUAUAAAGUAGUGAGACGUCCCAAAUUUCCAAGUGGAAGGACUUCCAGCGGGGAUUAUGGGUAUUAGAAGUCACAUAUCACUUUAAAGCUGGAGCUGUAAACAUCACCAUCAAUUUUACGAUGUAGGAUUUGUGAUUUCUACGUUUUGCUGGCGGCCAUCUUGAAACAUGAGAAACAGUAAGUCUGCGCAUUUGGUGGCAGCGGCAAGUCGCGGUAGGCUAAAAGAAUGUAAUCAAACGUGACUGCUAAAGGUUUUCUUUGGAUUGAGUUGGCUAUACCUAACUUGGACACGACCCCUUCAGCGCCAAAAUUUUUUUCUGAGUUUGAAUUUUCGAGAAAGUGUGAAAAAUCAGUUGCCAACUCAUGAGAGCGUGAGAUACGUCGUGAGACUUAGCAAGUCUGGAUCACUGAUAAUUCAGGCUUUCACUUUCUUACCUUUAUAAUUUUCUUGAAAAGUAGGCAGCUCGAAACUUGAAGUAGCCUGUUCUUUAGCCAAUUGUCGGCACUUAAUAAUUGUAUUUUAGUAUAAAACCUGCAGCCAAGGGUUUCUAGCAAACACUUAGUGUCUUGGUGUUAAGAAAAAUGAUUUCCUUUAUUCAAAAUACCACUAAUUUUGUUGUUAUCAUGUUCUUGUGUUCACAGAUUUCAUCCCCAUUUGUUUUCAAGCUUCUUCUUCAUAGACCUUUCUUCAGGUAAUGGCUGUUUAUUGGUUUGUACCUUGUUACCAGGCCCUUGCUAACAGAUUACAGUAAUGAGGCACUAUUGAUGACUGUUUCAUUGAAUCCUUGAAUGGAUCGACUCAAGUUUCCUAACAGGCCCCAAUAGGUCAUGGUGGUCUGUCUUUCUUAGUUGAUUCUUAGGCAGAGGUAUUAACGCUUUAGUUGUCACGAUACUAAGGUCUUAGAACUGGGUUCUCAAAAGUCUCAGUAAUAAAAAAAUAUAUUAUUCAUGAAUUGUCACCCAACCAGAGCGCCUCUUUCUGGUCAGGUGGAUGAGUUUAGAAACCCAAUGAAAAACGAGUUGAAGACCAUACGUGUUUAGAAACGAUUUCAAACCCAUGUGUAAAAUGUUUCUUAAUCUGCAUAUUCAUACAGCAAGAGCAACGCAGGAAGAUGAAAAACUUACUUUCAUCAUAGAGCUGCAAUACACUUUAGAGUAAGCUUAUUUACUGCUACCUUUGAGUGUAACAGUAUCAACGUAUCAAAAUGAAUAAUGACAAAUGACAUAUAAAGCAACACCACUGCGUCUUUUGCCCGAAGCAUCGAGAGGAAUAAAAUCCUACUUCUCAUUCUUUCUCACGAUGAAACGGCGUAUUCCGCACACAAUAUGGUAUAACGUUUUGGCUGGAUAUCUUUCCUUUGACGGUUUGGCAACUUCUUAAAUAAAUGAAGGCUUAAAGCAUCUUUUUUAACUAACGAAACUUCCAAGGACUCAGCUUUGUGCAGAUCAUAAUGUUUGAAGAGACCACCCGGUUCCAACGUCGCAACUUUACGAAAUCGAGCUCUUCGCUAAUCAUCAAAAAUCCCAGCCGCCCUUUUGGUUUUAUAUCGGAUAGACAUACGUAUAGCGCUGGCCACACACGUUUCUUCUCCUUCGCAAGUUUUAGGACAUCCAAAUCUGCACUCUACAAUGUGUAUUGUGAAGCAACGUGUCUGCUCAGAAGUCACAAACAGCAUUGAAUGCAAAUGAAAUAAUGUAAUCACACACCAGCGGGUACCAAGUAGGUUACAGGUUCACAACUCAAAUAAAAUGUGUUUGAAUUAAGAAAACGUAUUGAAAUGAUAAUUUCUACUAAUUUCUUUGUUGGAGAAGUAAUUUCCAGAAACUCGAAAACAAUAAUAAAACCACUCGGCCUGCGGCGUCGUGGUUUCAAAUGUUUUCUGGCAUUAGGUAACCUGAUGUAACCAUCCCACUCGGUUUUGAAAUAGCACUCAAAUCUCGGCUUUUGCUCAUGACAUUCACAAACAGCAAUUAUAAAAUCGUUAUAGUAGAAUAUUUUCCUAACCAAAUUAAAUAAGGUGAGUUGCUUCAUAUCUCCUUGUGCACUGACAUCAACCAAAAAAAAUGUUGCUUGUGUUUGUGAGCCCUUAAGCAAUCCUCCUAUUAAUUGUGUUUGUAACUCUGAUCAAUACACACUGAACUGUCUACCUUGUUAUUUAUAACAUAACCUAAAGAGAAAAACUUGAAUUUGCUAUGGCCUGCUAACAGAAUAGGGAAAUGAGAUGAGUAUUCAUUCUCCACUUUUCUGCCUUGAUGUUUUCUUGUAACUUAUCCACUUGAGCUUUCUUCCGGUGUGCUUUUUCCUUUGUUCCUUCAGCCACUUCCUCUGAGCUCUCGUGCGAAUUACACCAUGGGUCUGGAUGCUUAAAGAUUAGACUUGCCCCAAGGUCCUCUGCGAAUUUAUGUGCUUCAGCAAUUAGCAAUGAAGGCCAUUUCUCGGCCACUUUCUCUUCAACCUUUUAGCGGCCAUCAUGGAGGGGUCUGGGUUCUGAUACAGUUUUACUUAAUUUUUGUGAGUUUCUAUUCCUGCUCAACUGAUCGCAACCCCUGCCCUCCCUUGUCCAUGGUUCGUACAAUCUUGAAAAGGUCUUGAAUUUUAGUAGUCGUCUUGAAAGUCCUUGAAUUCGGUUAAAGUCCUUGAAAAGUAAUUUAUUUCUUUAUGAGGUAUUGAAUUCCUCGAAAUUCACUACCUUGUCUACGCCCGACACAAUUUUCUGUAAAAAUUAGAUUUUUUGCCACUGAAAAGUUGGCUCAUCCUUGGUGUAAAAAGCUGUAAAACUCACUGAUAACGUAAAAUCGUAAGUGACUCCAUGACGUGUUUUAGCCAUGCAUGAGGUGUUCAAAAGGGGGUUAAAGAAUGCCGAUUUAUUAAAUAAAUCUUAGUCGUUGAAAACUAUUAUUUGUCCUUGAAAAAAUCCUUGAGGAGUACUUGAAAUUUGUAUGUCUGAAGUUGUACAAACCAUGCUGGUCUCUUGACAGGUGCAAUUCAGCCGUCGAGCUGAGUGGGUGUUUGCCUCCACUCUCAUGAAUGAUCUUUUUCACCUCUCUGUCAAUUGAUCUAAGCUCAGUGAUGGGCCAGUGCUGGGUCAACAUCAAGUAGGUAAAUAAAGCACGGGAAGAGCAAACUGGUUAGGAGCUUUAACACGGCUGACACCGGAAAUAGGACAACUGCAAACUACCGACAUCCCUUGUAGAUAAGCCUUUGCCGCAAGCUCAGAAGUCUGCUUUUCAUCCUGCAACACAGUCUUUUGCAUACUCCUGGAAACUUGUAGGUAGAAAUCGCCUUCAAACUUUUCAACAACUGCCGUUUGAUCCUGCCUGAGAUCUGUUGUGUCAUGCAUUAGUGAUUCUCUCCUGACAUUUAUGACAUUGCACCUCUCGGGGUUCCAGUUUGGAGCAGGGAAAAUGAAUGAAAAUCGUCAGUCAGCGACUGCUUAAGCUCUGUGCUUUCCACAACCUUUGUAUCACUAACUCCUACUUCGAGACAAAACCUCAGCACAAAGUCUCUUGGAGACACUGGCAUCCAAGGCACUGGCACCCAACUGGAUCUGAUUCUGGUUAGGCCACUGCGGGACAGAAAUGGGAGAAACAUUACUCCCACCUCUACUCCAGAGAGGACAUCGUGUCGCCCACGGCGCUUUAUGCCAACGAAUGCCUACCGUUCAUGAAAGAGCUAAAUGCAGAACAGACUGUGGAGGAGCUCAGCAAGGCCAUAUACAGCUCAGCCUCUGGCAAGACAUCAGGCAGUGAUGGCAUCCCCCCAGACCUCAUCAAGCACUGAAAGACCACCCUACUGCAGCCUUUACAUGAAAUUCUCUGUCAGUGCUGGAAAGAGGGAGCAGUACCACAGGACAUGAGGGAUGCCAAGGUCGUCUCUUUAUACAAAAACAAGGGUGAAAGAAUUGACUGCAACAACUACAUAGGCAUUUCCCUUAUCAGCGUCAUCGGCAAAACCUUUGCUUGAGUCCUUCUGAUCCGCUUGCAGAAGGUGGCUGAGCGCAUCUUCCCCGAAUCACAGUGUGGCUUCCGAGCCAAAGGUUCUAUAGUAGACAUGGUCUUCUCUCUCCAUCAACUCCAAGAGAAGUGCAGAGAGCAGCAGAUGCCACUAUAUGUUGCCUUCAUUGACCUUACCAUGGCCUUUGACCUUGUCAGUAGAGAUGGCGUCUUCAAAGCACUCUGAAAGAUUAGGUGCCCCUAAAACUACGCAGCUUGAUCGAAUCCUUCCUUUCCAACAUGAAGGGAACAGUGCAGUUCAACGGCAGUUCAUCUGAGCCUUUUGAAAUAUGCAGCGGCAUAAAACAAGGCUGCCUACUCUCCUCUGACCGCGGAACUUGGAGAAACACUCUCCACAAACAGCUAAAGCUUGGCAAGAUCGUAGAAAGUAUCCCACCACCAGACCUGAAACCACGCACAGAAGCGACCUCUUCGACAGACUGUCUCUCAGAUUAGCCUGUUUAAUCACAGGCGACACUGCUCAAGCCGAGCUGACAGCCCGGACAGAUCUACCUAUGGUCGAACCUGACCUAUGAGGGCCUAUUAAUGUGACCAUGUCCUGCAUUGCAGAGUUGGUAGAUCUUAAAACUGUGAUCAGCUUGGCUGCAGAUGAAGCAUACAGUUCUGUACACGUUGAGAUCGUCCAUAAACAGCAGUUGGGUUAUAUUGGUGCUUAUUGGUCUGAAUAACCUAUACCCUGAGUUGCAGAAAGAGACCUGGCAACUGGAUUUUAGUACAGCACAGAGACGAGGACAGUAGGCGUCACCUUGAGGAAGACCUCUAUUGAAUCUAAUAGUAUAGGAGACCUCAUUUCUACCAUAGUGACAGCCAUUAACUUGGUGUUCUAACUGGGGACUACAUGUCUUAUCACUCUACAAUACCAGUAGGGGAAGCGGUGGAUUUCCAUAAUAUUAGCCAUGGAAUCAUAAGCUUUCUUCACACCCACCCUGGCCAUACUCACGUUUGGCUUUCCUCUCUGACAGUUCAUGGUGACCAUUCUGUCAAUCAUUAGAUUAUCUGAUGUGCCACUGUAUCCUUCUUUGGCGCCUCUUUGACCACACUCCAUCAAGUAAAACUCACCAAGAUGAUUGUCCAUGGGGUUCCAGGAGACAAGUUGUACAAAUAAAGCACUUAUGGGUGUUAUUUAGACAUGUUAUCGGUCACUGGUUCUCACUCAAGAACUCUCCUGGUUUAGGGAUGAGCCUGGUUUUACCCUCUGCGAACCAAGUGAGAUUAUCCACGUUGCUCUCAGAGAUGGACAAGAUAGCUUGUGUUACACCCCAGUGGAGUACAUGUGCAAGCUUCCACCAGUAGGUUACUAGCCUGUUGGGUUCAGGAGCCAUUUCGCAUCCUUGUUACCAGUCCCACUCUUCUCCCACAGAUCCGCCCAGAAGCUGUACACCUGUUCAAUAGCCUCAAACAUACUACUGUCAUUGCCUUCCGUACUAGCACUAUUAGGUGUUUGGUACUUGGGGUACUUUUCUUCCCCACUGCCCAAUGCACUAAACUGCAUAAGCCUGCCUUGUGUCUUUUUUUAAUUGUCUUUUUUAUCUACAGAAUAAAAGUCGCAACUUGCCAACCAUAAAUACCCAAAGGGUUUUCUUUUGGGAAAACUGAAUUUUGGUGCAUUAACUUCCCCGUGGUCUCGUUUAUGUUUUAAAGAGCUUUUUCAGAUGACCAUGUUUUUGUUCUGGCAUAAAUUUUGCAGCUCGUAUUCUCACCUGGCUGAGAGUUAAUCAAAUUUUAUUUAGGCUCAUGGGAUCGCAAUUCUAGUUUGGUUUACGUUGCAAAUCCAUUAUUAUUAUUAUUAUUAUUACCGUUGUUGUUAUAUGUCCAGCUGUUGCUCUAUUACAGCUGUAUGUACUGAUUAGCAGCUUCUCUUCUUUUCAAGUUUAUUUAUUUAUUUAUUGCAAUCUAUGGAUUAAAAAACCAAAGGAUGAACUGUAAAGGAGUCCUAGACCCUAUACAAAAACAGAUCACCUAAAAAUAUAUAGAAACACAAUAAAAUAAUAGUUUCAGAAAAUACAGAAAUAUAGAAGCUACUUAAAAUCACUGAAAAAUUUCCUAACUCUAGACUUAAAAAAAUAUUUACAUUAAAGUUGAUUCAUUCAGCUCUGUGAGACUGAGAUAAUGACGUAACAUUACUUUUUUUGAAAAUGACUUUCAUUCUUAAAUGUGCAGGUGUGCAGUUCUCAUGUUUCAGAGAGAAUUUGCUCAGCGAUUAAUUGCUCAGCCUGGAGAUAAACUAUAUUGUCGCCUGUCAAUCAAUACUCAGCUGCUCGCCAGGGUCGACCACCUCAUGAAGGUACCUUCUAUUAAAUCAGUGCAAGAGAGGGUAAAGGACUCGAGAGUUCAUGCUACAUAUUAGCCCUAUAAUCCAUUUUAAUACCUCGUAUGUUAUGUUAGAUCUAGAUGAGAAUUUUGAUUCCUGAGAGGAUUAGAGGGUAGCCAAUCGGAGGUCAUGGAUUUAUCGAUGUUGACAGCUGAACAGAUUUAUCCUCUCUUGAUCACAGAUUAAUUAAUAAGUACUAGUAAUGUUUUGUUUGUGUAUGUGCAUAAAUCUGGACGUCUCUCCAUGUAGUUAUAUACUAAAAACAUUCUUCUAGCCUCUUGCAAAAGAAAACAGUAGCAUACAUGUAAUUAUAUCAACUUUUUAGUAACAUAUGAUUAAAACGUGACAGGUUGGCAAAAAUAAUUUCCGUCCUCCCCCAAAAGUUGAAUCCAGUGUGGUCAGAAUAGAACCCAAAAAUCCACCACCACCUGUUAAUUUUAAGGUAAGUUUUCAAAUUCCUACAAAUUUUGUGAUCACUAGAAAAUUAGUAGCGUUAUCAUUCAGUAAGUUCUCUUUUCAUAGCCAAAUACAGUCUGUCUUGUAGACAUUUUAUAAGAAAUCUUACGUGUGUAUUUGCUAUUAAAUAAAAGAAAAUAAAGCUUGAUGUAAUUGUUAUAUUUUGGGAAAAAUAUAAAAAGCCCCAGGCUGGGGUUAAAAAUACUCUAUGCAAUGCUUAAAAAAAUGUGCCUACAUGUACUUUACUUUUCCGAUCUCAUUUGUGAUCUCUGCCCUGCUAAUGUCAGUGUUCAACUCAUGUUUAAUUGUUCUGGAGCCUCUUACACGUAAAACUGCUGAACUGCUAGUUCAGUGCGAAAUCGUUCGGCUUCUCUGCCAUUUCCUCCAUUUGGUGAGACAGAGAGGGCUGAAGGAGCCAUGCUCGACUUCAAUAAUUCGCUGGUUGUAGUGUCGCUUCAUUGCUCGAGAAGGCCUUGUUAAUAAAGCUUGAUUGCAUUGUGUAGGUUGCUCUGAUCAUCUAGCUCAGACCACAAGCAGGUAUUCCUGUGUUCAACUGGGUUUCCUUUUGACAGAUUUUUUUAAACCUUGUCUUGUUUUGUAAGUACUAGAUAAAAUGUGCUUAAGUCUCUUUGUAUUCCUUUGCUGGUCCAUCCCAUUUUAAGACGGGGUCAUUUCCCAAACAAUAGGUGUAAUUUGUUAACUCCAGUAUCUUUCAAAUCCUCUGGGAAAGAUAGAAAGGGACAAAAUGAAACUCAAAAUCGUGGUCCCAGAAUAUGAAAAAAGUGUGAUCUUCGUGUAUGGCAACAUCACUCAAAGUCUAUCAAGAUUUUUAAAGAGCAACUAUCAUCCCAUGACAAAUCAUAAAAGUAACAUACAGGAUAAAUAUGAUGGUUUGAUCUUGUCUUCAAUCUACGUGUUGUAAUGACAGCAGGAUUUUUCUUGAAAAGAUGUGCCUACCUUACUUCUACAAAUUGAUUUUACACAUUUCCAUCCUAUAAUACAAAUCCGAUCGUUUAGUACCAUUUCAAUAUGACAAUAACAAAAAUAUUUUUUACCAAUUUUCUAUACGUUUGCAGGGUGCAAAGAAAGUCAAUUGAACACUGAACAAGAAAGACAUUUUCAUAAACAAACGGUUUGUGUAUAAAAAUGUCUUUCUUGUACAGGGUUUUUUAGGAGAUGAUGAUAAUAUACUUUCAGUCUUAACUAGAGUCUUUUUGGGAGAAAUACCAACUAGCGCGGAAUUUCGUUCUUUACUGUACAUGCAGACCACCUAAGCACUGAAUUUUGUUUGAAUUGUUACUUGGUAUUUAUUCUUUUAGCUUAACACUUCCAACUUUUGUUAUUUGAAUGAUAAUAAUAACGAUGAUAAUAAUAAUAAACUGUUGCAGAAAAGGAACAGGCGGCAAUUUUGUGGAAUAUAUCAAUUCACACCGAUAGAGAAACUAGUGGCUAAUAAACCAGAUAUCAUAGUCACUUGCCAGAUUAUAGAUAUGGCAGUCCAAACGGACCGACAUACAUCCGUUAAGGCAGUCGAGAAACUGUCUAAGUGAAAAGACCUAGAGAUUGAAGUAGCCAGAAUGGAAAAUAAAAACAGAGAUGAUACUAGUUGUUGUUUUUUGAGCUUAGGGUCAUUCAAAAACGGUUGGAAAAGUACGUUACAAAAUUCCAGGCACAGCAAGCAUCAAGAAGCAAAAAAUUACUCUUCUGGGAACAGCUCAUAUCCUUUGAAGGGUUCUGUCAAUUAAGUGAACUCUUUGGUUCCCAAGGUCCAUGGUUUGGACCCGGUGCUUCAGGGAUUUUAAUCCCUUGCUUGGUCACAAUUACAAAUGACUAUUAUGAUUAUUAAGUAAUAAUAGUAAUAAUAAUAAUAAAAUAGUAAUAUUAAUAAUCAGUCUGUUUACCUUUGACAGGAAUGGGAUGGUCUUGUGAGAAUUGCUUUUGUACGGAAGAACAAAACCCUAAAUGCUUGUUUUAGGUGAGUUGGCUCUUGUUUGCUAGCUGCAGCUCUAUGGAAAUCAUUAUUACUUGGGCGGAGCGCCAAGUAAAGGAUUCGCGACGUUCAGGAAUGUCCUAAACUUGCUUUUUUUAGACAAGAUUGGGCACGCAAAGUCCGUGAGUUUUCGGUUUGAGUCGGCUAUUUGACGAAGUGAUAUCGGGAUUAGUUCGUGAUACCUCGAGAUCACUUCGAGUUCUUUUAUUUAUUUUUUAAUUUUUCGAGGAAGAAAUAAUUGUUAUUUUUGGCUUGCCCGGAGUUUGAACCGACUUACCUGCGACCCGUCAGAUCAGAUGAGACUCUAAGUGUGCGUUCCUUUGAGAUGAUCCCGAUCAAGAUCAGUGAUCCGAGAUCACUCGGAUCAUGGUAGAUCAAAUGAACCGAUGAAUCCACUCUGGACAAGGAUUCAUGGGCUCAUGUGAUCUACCAUGAUCCAAAUGAUCUCGGAUCGCUGAUCCUGAUCCGGAUCAUCCCAAAGGAACGCACCCUAAGUUGAGGGAUUAGCCGAUUGCGUCACUGCGACCCAAGGUAGUUUGUAAUGUGAAAAUUAGCUAUAAUAUCGUGCACUAGUGGUCCUCGUGCGCUAGAUGGAAGAAAAGGGACAAAAAUAAUCGCUUGGUUGAAUUGAAAAUGAUUGAAACGAUAAAAUAUUUUAAAAGGAGCAAGUGGCGAAAAUUACUUGGUUUGCCGCUAUCUUGACUUUUGAUUUUAUUAAUUGAACGAUGGCCACAAUGGCUACAAGCGUUGCUUCGCUUUCUUCGCAGCAAAAAAAAGGCAAAGAUCAAUCAUUUGUGGUCUUCUGAAAUUAUCAAGGGAGGGCUUUGAAGAUUUCGUUUUGUUUGCCUGCUGCGUGGAAUGAAUUUUUCGUCGCGUCGCAUCCGUAGGCCAAAAAUGAAUUGGGCAACCUUCCAAGUUAUGACGCAACUUAAACCGCUGACUUAGGAUAUUGUAGUCUCGUUUUCCCAUUUAGUUCAACGUGACGCGUUUGGAUAUCUUGGCGAGGAUGGACAGUCUUUUGAGUUUUCUAUCUUUUCUUCUCAUUUUACCAGGCACAUCUUUCUCCAAAUAUUGAGUUGUUUUUGAAAGGUUUUGAUAGGAUUGGAAAGGUGAUCGUUAGAAUAUCAAUGUGUUUGUAUCUUGCACGGAGCAGCCGUCAGUCCUUGAGAACAUUUAUCGUUUGCAUCACAGCUUUUUCAAUGGAAAGGGCCAGAACAAUUUGUGUGUUUCCUUUUCGUUAAUAUCAUUUAUUUAUUUUAAUUUUGUGUUUGAAAAUUUCCCCCUAAUUAUAAAUUGUUGCUGUUUUUUAAACUGUUUUAUGACGAAUUGAAAAUUAAAAAUGCUACACAAAGACGUCUUUGUUUUGUUGAGUUUACCUAUUUUGACCCCAACAUCAAACAGCCAAUUUCAUGAUGAACGUAAUUGACGCCUUACCCAUGCCUUACACAUCUUUAAUCAGUACAUCAGACUGAUAUACUCUUUCUUUUUGAAGCCUGGUUUAAAAAACGAGUAGAGAACUCGUUUUUCACCGUUUUUAUUGUUAUUCACCACCAGUAACCUCAUAUUGUCUUAGAGGACUCCUAUUUUUGUAAGAGUUAUUGACAUCUCGUAAGUGUGGGUCAUGAAAGUGGACAGGACUGUGUGACAGUGUUUAACAUACAAAAUUAUGGCGAUAAGCAUUUUCAACAUUUUAAUACAACACAGAGAUACUUUUCAGUUUGGAAGGUUUUUAAGCUAGAAACGGAACGAUAUCUGGAGAUAAAUCUCGCAAGUGAUUAGAAUUGACGGGUCUGGCUGCAGACAAGAGUUUGAGCAAUUUUGUCAGAUUUCGAGAGCCAAGAGAUAUCAGCUCUUCACAAAUGCUUUUGGGGGAAUGGGUACGUUUGGAAUUGACUGAGCCAUUAUUAUGACGAUGCAACUAUCUCUCAGAAGAAUGAAAACCGUCACAGCCUGCUAGCAAGCUCUCCGUUUAAGGGAUAUCGAGAGAAGUCACUUGCGAGUGGUACACGAUAGGAGAUGUGGGAGCAAGGUGCGGGGAAAGAAUGUGAGAGCUCUUAGUUCCCUCCGCCCCUCACGUCUUCGCCGCUCAAUCGUGCGUUCGCUUGCCACUGGAAAUGGAGAGGUUGCUCUCAGUCCAUAACAUUUCUUGGUAGUAGUGUCUUGUUUUGGUUUAUUUUUCAACUAUAGUUUACGUUCAAAAAAUUGCAAGAAAAAUCCUGAAUUAAUGAAAAAAAUUCAUGUUGUAACGGUGACUUUGUUUUCGCGUCUGUUUUUUUCUGAAAGUUUAUUUGUAGAGAUUUGUACAUACAAUAAAUGACAUGGAUACAUAAAUCUGUAGCUCUAAUCUUGACAAGGGACAUACAGCACAGGAUUUGGAUAAAUGAUAAGCAGUUUUGAUGAGAUUGAGCGCCUCAGGCUUAAAGAGAGGAGUGUUUCGAAGUGCAAGCAAAGCAACGGUGAUUCUUUUAAGCAUUGACUGGUAUAAAAUAAUACAUGUACCUGAUAACGUGGAUCAUUUCCAAGGCAUUACGGUCUGUAGAAAACAAACAAACCUUCAGGGGCACCCAACGGCAAAAAAUUCUGUUUGACGGUGAUUGAAUUUUGAGCAUUUGUUGUAAAAUUUCUUGCUUGCCUGCCUGAAUUUUCGAACAGUUUAUUUGUAUUUUUAAGAUUUUUGUACAAAGGCCAAUAAAUUUUGAGCCUUUUCAUGGAUACAUAAGUUUUGUAGCUCUAAUUUUCGGAUUGACAAGGGACGAACAGAUGAACAGUUUUAGGGGAUAAAAAAAUGAUAUCUACCGCAGUUUUCAACAAUGCUAUGAGUGGUUUUGAGCGCGUUCAGACCCUGAACUUUGCUGCGGCUGUUAAUUCAAGCACGUCAUAUUGUAUGAAUAAUAUUGUCCAGUAAAUGGUGCGCUCAUUUUAAUCACUAUAAACAUGUAAUCACAUUAUUUGUCCUUUCGUUAACAGUUCAAGAGCUGUUACAGAAAUGUUGGAGAAAAACUACAAGAUUCACUGCUCAUUGAACGAUAUAGUAAGCAAUUUCUAAGAGUAAACUUGUUUGUUCGAUUUUUUUUUUCAUUGUACUUAAAAGGUUUUCCUUGCACAUUAAUGCAUUUGCUCUAGCAGAGGAAAAAUUACCACUGUUUUAUUUUAGAAGAGGGCUGGUGGGCCUAUAGUAAGAGAGACCUAUGGCACCGGAAAUCCAAAAUGUUUUGCAAAAAAUGUUUAUCUUUCAAACUGGUUAGCAGGAAGUAUUAGAGCGCUGGACGAGCAAUUCACUAAACAAGCAUUCCCCUAAUCGCUAGCUCGAUUUGUUCACGGCAGUCCAGAGUUCAACUCCUAGACCACUCUUGUCAGUAGCCAACUAGUUUGUCUUCAACCAACUAGGAUUCUUAACCACGUUGAUUGUUGCCUUUAAAUUAUUUGUUUCAGUCCUUUUCUCUGCCUCUUUAAUGACCAGAGGGUAAAUAAUGGAAUUGUUAUCGUUCUUAUUAUAUCCUUUUCAAAUCGUAACUUACGAAAUUCCUUCAUAGAAAUCACUUCCAAAUUAUAGAUAUAAGCUUACAAACGAUGAGGACGUAAGUUUCUUUCAAAGUGGCGAGUCGUAUGUCGUAAACGUGUUUAAAAAACUUGCAAAUUAACUUCCUAUUAAAGAAAAAAAAAUUCAUUCUAUCCUUUUAGAUGGUUGAUGCGGAUUUUGAUAUCAAAGAAAAAAUCCAAAAGCUGUUAACAGAAGGAGGUUAUGACAAAAUGCGCGCCCGUACGAUGGACAUGGACGAUUUCCUUGGGUGAGUACAAUGACGAGACCUUUAAGAUAUAAACAACAAACUAGAUAUAAUCUAUUUGUGACCAAAACGUACAAGAAAGAAAGUCGUAUGACGUGACAGAAGAAUUCCCUUAACUCACAUCAAACUGAAUGCGACUUUUGUACCACCUAUCUGCGAAGUCACUGUCCUCUCCAGGGUAAGGCCAAAAAAUAUAUUAAAUAGCACUGGCUUUUUUCCCAUGUAUUUACUUUCAUGGGCAUUUUCGGUCAUCUCAAGAUUGGAGGUAUGUAACUUACUGCCCUUCGCCAUACUUCCUUCCCUCCGCAAUCCACACAAUCAUCAUUCUUUCUUUUCUCUUAUUUUUUGUCGUUUAUGCAAAUUUAUCAUUAUUUUCAUCAUUCUUUGCCUGCCAAUUCUUCUCUUUCCUCCCUUCCCCCUCUCUUUCCUUUCUUAAGUCCACUCCCCUCCUUUUUUUUCUUCCCCACUUCCCGCCCGUUUCUCCUCUUAUUUCUUCUUUUCCUCGGGUAGAAUGAUUCUAGAAACCGUUGUUCUUAUAUGUUGUUUUUUAAUGUUUUAUAAUUUAAGUAAAUGACGCUUCAUUUUGAUUUUCAGGCUUUUACACCUCUUCAAUUCCAACGGGAUUCACUUUACGUGAUACCAUCUUAUGAUUGCCAGUUGCUGUGGUUAUGUACGACAAGGCUGCGUGUAUCAGUUACCAUAACCGUGAAAUUGCUUUCAGUCAGGCUAAACUGAACAGUGGUUGAAACUGGAGUGUUCGCACUUACCUUAUACAUACAAAUAAAUGGCUUUAUUUGUCUUUCCAGUGCUCCGUAAACCUGUUAUUUUUAUUCUUCUUAAAAUUAUACGUAAUACAGAGUCAGUGAGUAUCGUACUUUGUUAAAGGAUUAUGGAUAAGCACUUGUACUAGAACACAGUAGAACACUCUUUACUGCUGUAUUUAUCCAUAUUUGGGAGAAGUGCUUGGUGAUAGCAUUUUAUUAAGAUUAUCGACUGGAGGUCGGAACAUUAUUUGAUUUGUCUACCAUCAAAGCAGGCUUUAGUGUCGCCGUUGUAGUUGUUUGUCUGUCUGCGGUAUUUUAUCUCCUACAUCUGUAUUGGCUUGUCCUAAUCGUAAGAAAUAAAUGUGCUCUUUUCCUUCUCUCCGCCCUCCUCGGGAAGUAAAGAACCAAAUUUAACCUUUUCCGUUGAAGUAGUAAUUCAGUUAAAACUAAAAUUAAGCCACAGCCGACCCAAGAACCAGCUACGCUUGUGUACGCAUGUCCAACGACGUGCAAUGAGCGUGGUUUUUUACAACUAAAUUUAUGGUUAAAUUACCUAUAUCAAUUGAGAUCAAAUUAAAUUAAUUUGCUGAAACAAGGGGAAUUUAAAGUUGGGGUAUUUUUUAGUAAUAAAAUGCAAGCUACGUCAGAAAUUCUUGACAUUCGCGGAGUUUUCAAGCGUCGUAUUAGGGAGCGAUCAGUGAUUAUGAAACGUUAAGUGUAAAAUCUCUCCACGUAUAAUGAUUUAAACAAACAAUAAAGUAAGGUUUACAUGUAAACCGACAGGAUGAUAGGCGAGGGUCCUGUGUAAAACCGAGGUUGCUGUUGAAUGUUCCCCGUAAAGACUCAGCGCUUAACCGCAGUUACAUGUACAUGUAUCCAUGGAUGUAUAUAUUUCAAUGCCCGUAACAGGCCGAUUUCGUUUUUCCCUCUUCUUCCAUUAGUAAUGACCAGUCCCUUAAGCUGUACCCUGUGCAAAGAAAGAAAUAAUCUCGUGCUCAAACUCCUUGUUCAUCUGUACCGAAGGAGAGGGCGUCUUUAAUCAUCCUUCCGUUACAUCUAAACAUUUUUC